ACAACCACCUCUGUCAUAUAUUGACAAUGAAUAUUACUUUGGAAAUGGUGUCACCGUUAUUAGGAGAUGAUGUUAAACCUGGAUGGGCAGUGUUUUGUGAAGGAUUGGUUACAUUCUUCCUUGUGCUAACUUAUCUAAUGUGUACAAUGGACAAAAAGAAAACCAAUUGGAUGCUGUCAUCAUUGGCAAUUGGAUUUAUUUCCCAAGCUAAUAUUCUUGCUGCAUCCUAUAUAACUGGAGGGUCAAUGAACCCAUCAAGGAGUUUUGGGCCUGCUGUUUGUAUAUCAGUUUUCACGAAGAACGUAUGGAAACAUCAUUAUGUUUACUGGGUAGGACCUAUAGUUGGAUCAGCAUUAGCUGCAUUUGUCUGGAGAUGUUUAAAUUGGCAGUGGAGUUGCUCAUUACUACCAAAAUGACAUCAUCUUUCAACAGUUGAAGCGUUUGACCACGAUAGAGAACAUAUUGGGCUGAUAUAAACAUAAAAACAAUUUAUAAUCACAAAUACUUAUACAGCUAUGUACCAGUAUUACCUCAUGCAAAUAAUGAUAUAGGGAUAAUAAUCACAUCAUUAUUACCGGUUUCACUACUCAGUAAAUAAACUCAUCAUAGA